AGAAAUGUAUUCUAAGAGGGAAGAUUCUUGAGCCAGAGGACCUGACGGACUGCUCUGCCUUCCCAGCAUGCUCUGUGCUUAUGUGGUCCAGAAGAACGUGACAUGCAUUUUGCAGGAUGGGACCGAGAGCUACAUCAAGGCGGAGUAUCACAAGUGUAGCUGGGGCCCCAAAUGCCCAGGAACCGUGGUGUACCGGACCCUGCUCAGACCUCGGUACAAGAUUGGCUACAAGACGGUCACAGAGCUGGCCUGGCGCUGCUGCCAGGGCCUCCGGGGCGAAGGCUGCUCCGACCCUCUCCCUGACUCGGGAGCCCUCCUGCCUCAGCUGCGGCCCCAGACUCCCUCGGGGCAGAAGCCGUUCUCUGGCCCCCGAGUGCCUCCUUAUGCCAGACUGCCCGCCGGCCCAUUCCCAGGACCCAAGAGCCAGCCCUAUGGCAGGAAAGGCCCGGGGCUGUUUGGCGAAAGGCUGACCCGGCUGGAGGGUGAUGUCCAGCGCCUCAGCCAGUCCUACAGCUCGCUCAGUGGACUUGUGGCCGGGCUAGGAGACCACUCCCAGCUGGCUGUUCACGAGGUGCACGGCAGAAUGACCGGUGCCCUGGGGAACUCCCCCACUGCUCCGGAGGCCCCCGUGGGCUUUGGAAUAAUCCCCGGCGGAGUCAUGGAUCCUGCCGACAAAGCGGGGGGCCCGUUCCUCACGCUGGGGGAGAUCCUGACCAAGGUGACGGAGGUGAGUGACGUCCUCAAGACCAAGACCAGCCUCCUGAAUGAAGUUCACAGCCUGGUCCUGGGCCACGACACUCAGAUAAAACACCUCUUGGAGGGGGCUCGGCCGUCCCCGCUCACCUCCUUGCCCCUGCUGGAGGAGUACAUUGACCAAAGACUGAGCCACCUCUGGGGUGACCUCUUGGAUGGCUUUGAGAAGAAACUGCUGGACCUGCAGACCACCUGUGACUUCCGCAUCAGGGAGAUGCAGCAGCAGUGCGAGGAGGAGAAGGCCACGAGCCUCAGGCUCCAGCAGAGCUUGGACGGCAAGGAGCUGGAGAUCAAAAAAGAACUCUCUCUGCUGGAGACUCAGAUCCAGGGGCUGACCAUGGUGGAGGACUGCUGCAGCCACCUAACAUUCGUCACCGAGAGGAUGGACAUCCUCGAGAAGGGCCUGCACAAGCUGGCUGAGGCUCCGCGGGCCUCCCAGCUGGACGGGGAGCUCAGCCCCCUCCCCACCACCAUCCUGGAUGGCUCUGUCGGCCAGCGACUGCAGGACCUGGAGGCCAGGCUCAAUGAGACGGCAGGAGGGGCAGGGGGUUGUUGCCAAGGCCUGGAAGAGGGCAUGAAGGGCUUGGUGGGCUCAGAGCUGGAUGGCCUCAGGACCUCGGUGGAGGACAGAAUACAGAUCAUGGAGGACAGGUUCAUGACCCUGGUGGGUGAGCUGGGGAACCUUAGCGCGCUGAGAGCCUCCAACGGGGCGGCCGGGCCCUUGGUGCAGACAGAGCUGGCCGGGGCCCCACAGCAGACUUUGCGGGAGCUGGCCGUGGUGGAGAGCAGGCUCACCUCCCUGGAGAGCCUAUGUGCUGCCGGCGCCUCCCCCAAGGACAUGGCGGCCCUCGCCACCGAGGUGAGGGACUGUCAGAGCCGGAGCAGGACCCUGCUGCUGCAGGUGGACAGCCACACCGGCCUCCUCCGGAAGCUCAAUGCAACCGUCUCGGAGAUCCAAAGGCAGCUGGGGGAGGCGGUUGCCAGCUCGCUCCAGGGAGAAAUCACUCUGCUCAAGGUCAACCUCAACUCCGUCAGCAAGUCCCUCACAGGCCUCAGAGACUCGGUCAGCCAGUACUCAGACGCCGUCCUGCUCGUCAACUCCUCGCUCGACGAGCGGGAGCGGAAGGUGGAGGACGAGGUGCAUGCCAUCCAGGCCAGGGUCAGCGAUCAGGGCUCCCGACUCCUGCUGAGCAGCCGGCAGGUCAUGGGCCUCAAGGGGGACCUGGAGAGGUUCAAAGCCAGGAUCGCCGGGGACCUGAGCAGCUGCCAGGAGGCCGCACGGGAGGCACAGCAGGAGGUGGGCCACUUUGAACAGCGCGUGGCCCAGGUGGAGCGCGCCUGCGGGAAGCUGGGUCUCGUCGCCGGAGGCCUGGACAGUCUUCAGGAUGAGAUCCUGAGAGGGGCUGGGGGGCUGUGGGGGCACGUGGGCCAGCUGAACAGAACCCUGGCCGCCCAUUCCCAGGAGAUCAGCAGCCUCUGGGAGGGCCUCAGGGACUGCCGGGCCAAGGUGGCCGAACUGGCAGCGCACACAGGGCCUGGGCCAGCGCCUGGAGAGCAGCAGGAGCAUUAGGCAAAGCAACCCCGCAUCAAGCUCAGCCCGAGUCCCUCGGGGGUUCACUCAUCUGCCGCCAAAAGUUGCCCCCCAAUCGAAAAGCCAUUCUGGGGGACUUCCAAGAGAAUUCCCAUCGUGUCAGCUCAUCAUCCCAUGGCUCACGAAGCCACCUUGAUUGCCAAAUUACCGCGUGCACUAUUCUCAGUGCGACACAAACUGGACAAUCCAGGAGUGCUGCGGGUGAUACUUGUGCCAGGAGAAAGGGGACUGGGCUUCAGGGUCCUUAAGGCUUUUUCAAGCCCAUUGGGCCCACAGGAUUCCGGACACUGAGCCCCAGACAUCUGUGCUGUGACUCUCCCAGGCUCACCUCCAUCAGCAGGAUGAGCUGACCUCCCCCCAGAACCUCCCCUGUUCCACAGAGACCAGGUUUCUUCUUUCCCCAUCCAGGCCUCUCCCUCAGGACUCCCUUAGCAGGAUCUCCAGGGUGUCUGUGCCAGGGCAGCUGGCAGUGAAAGCCCCUCCUCUCGGGACCCCAUCUCCUACGUGUGGCAACUUUGCAUCUCUAUGAGGAGCCUCCAUUUCUAUCUCUGAGGACACCAAGUGCCCAGUGACAGGAAAACCCCGGAGAGGCGGACUCAAUCCAGAGAAGGCAGAGUUCUUCCUUGGGGAUCUCCUCCUACUCUAAGGGGAAGAGGCAGGUGUCUCCUCUCUUCUCAAGGGGUAGGAGAGCAGUCCCUCAAAGGAACAGAACAUUCAACAGGGGAAGUUCCUAAAGAUACCGAACCUUGGGAAACUGUUUCCUCCUCAUACCCAUUUCUGUCCCAAGAAGGGAAGGGCCUUCCAUGAAGCAUGUUCCCUGGACAAGUCCGGACCUUGGCUAGUCCUUCAUGAAAGGAACUUAAGAUUUGGAUUGAAACCCCAGCUUGACUGUUAUUUACUACCUGUGUGACAUUGGACAUGUCAGGAGCUUUGAGCCUCAGUUUCCUCAUCUGUAAAAUAGGAAGGGGGGGAAGUGUCAGAAAAGAUAAUCUUGAUCCCUUUCUGGCUCCAA